AUGUUCUUGCAACUUUUCUCUAUUCUCGCCUUGUUCAUUCUCCCUGGCUCGCUGGCGUGCGAAGGCGAAUGCAUCGUUGGCAUCACCGACGCCUGGAUACAUAACAUUACUCAUGGACCACUCCGAAGUGUUGCCUUUGAAUUCCAUGCCGCCGUUGAAAAGCUCGUGCCUUCCCCUGACAAAAUCCCUGGCUACUACGGAACACCUCUACUAGAAGACUUCGCCAAGGGCGGCCUCUACGACAAGAUGUCCGACGCGAUCUUCCCCAGUUUCUUCCAUGGCAAAUGUGCCGACGCUCAAGGAAGCACCCCACCUGGCUGUCCUAACCCAAGUUGCUCGGUUGUCUGCGGCACCCCCGGAUCGCUGGUAUUCCAUUACGACAAGCUGUUCUCUAUCGCCCUUGGUGUUGCCCGCACUCACCUGCAGCAAGUCGUACUCAGACCUGAUUCUCCGACGCGCAAGAAGAUGGAAACACUACUGCUGCGGGAAGCUGGCGCUAAGCGAAGUUACAUACGCGGUCGAGCGGGCUCGGCCUCACCCUCGAAGGACCUUCUGCAACGGUUUCACGGUUUGAUAGACGCUAUCCUCAAGGCGUUCACGAUCGCAUGUCAGAACGGCAGUUGCGACUGGGAAACGGAAAUGAAGAGCUACAUACUUACCUUCCCUUGA